CAUGUUCGUCGAAAUUCUGGUCCUUUCUUCAAAGCUUCAAAGGGCGGUGUUCAUCUCCUUCUCUCUCCGUGCCUCACCAUCUCCGUCUCUUUGCAGUCCUAACAUUCGUUGAAAGAUCAAGGGGCAAGUGCAUGUUAAUGGAGAACCCGGUGACUUGAACGAACACAAAAACAGCGAUGACAGGGCAUCAAUCUAUGCGACAUGACGAAAACUUGAAAGCUAGGCUUCAAUCAUAGCAGGAUGAUGACAACAGACGAAGGCUAGGCUUCAAUCUGAGGUGGGUUUUGUGAAGUUUUUGGGAUUUAGAUACACAGCGAAGUUGUUGUCUUUAUCGAACAGAGGGGGGCAAAGGAGCAAAACUCGUAGAGUAAGCUGGCUUCUUGAGAGACAAGAGUAAUGCCGAUCACGCCAAGCUUGCCUUCACAUCUAUUGCGCCCAAACCCUCUCCAUCUCCUGAAAGGGAAUAUAGGAACUCAUGAUCAAGAUAACAAAAACAGACAGUGACACUGAAAGCCAAAUCCAACCAGAUUGAGUUCAAUUUACUCGAUUAGACUUGGUAUUUAGUUUUCAAUCUGCGCCUCCUGUGCCAGUCGGAUAUGGCACCGGCAAUGGUGGCAAACGUUGCAGCCAGAAGCAGCCUCCGGCGUCUCACAUUAGGAGCGGGUAAAUCCUCGCGUAUCCUGCAAAAUCGUGUCCAUUGUUUCUCAACGGUUUCCAGUUCUAUCAACCCCUUUCAUCCAAAAUUAUCCCAGCAAUCUCAGUACAGGAAAGAGGUUUCACUUGCCAAUCUCUUCCAAAGGUACGGGUUCCCACCAUCGCAGAUUCAAGGUUUUCUUGCAAAGAAUCGUUUCCUCUUGAAUUCCAAAUUACAGGAGUUAGAGAAGUGUUUGGCUACUCUAUUAUCUUUCAGGAUUCCGCAAAACUCUCUCAUUUCUUUGAUACGCGAUUGUCCUGGGCUAUUGGAACACCAGUUUCUCAAGAAAUGGGAAGCAUGUUUCUCACAGCUGCACGUUUUGACUCCUUCCCCCGUUAUGAUCAGAAAUUUCUUGCGAUACUCUAGGAGGUAUCAGCUAGAUCCUGGUGAACUUUCAAAAAGCAUUGAGAUCUUGCGGGGUUUAGGCUUUACUCAUGUUGCUGUUGCUCGGGUCUUCGAGGACUUCCCUACUGUGGUCGUGAUGAAUAAGGGAGAAAUUCUUUCUGUAAUUGAAUUCCUUAUGGAAAUUGGGGUUCCCAGGGAUAAGAUUGAUCGAGUAAUAAGUUUGCAUCCUAGAGUUUUGGGACUUGGGAUCGAAGACCGGCUGAAGCCGUUGCUCCGUGAGUUGAGCGAUUUGGGAUUUUGUGAUGAUGAGAUUAUAAAAGAGAUAAUUAGGGAGCCCAAGAUUCUGGGAAUGGAACUAGGGGAAUUUUCGCGAUGUUUUCAAUUGCUCAAGACGUUGAAAUGUCGAGAGCCGAUCAAAGAGAGGAUUUUCCAAGAGGGUACUCUGAGAGCUGGUUUUGAAGUAAAAUUGAGAUUAGAUUGCUUGUGCAGUCACGGGUUAAUUCGUAGAGAUGCUUUCAAGGUCUUGUGGAAAGAACCGAGGUUGAUUACAUAUGACUUAGAGAACAUUGAAAAGAAGAUUGACUUUUUAGUGCACAGGAUGGAAUAUAGUGUUGAUUGUUUACCUGAUGUUCCAGAAUAUUUGGGUGUAAAUUUCGAAAAGCAGAUUGUUCCUCGAUACAGUGUGAUGGAGUAUUUGAAAGCAAAAGGUGCAAUUGACUUUGAGGUGAGAUUGAAGGAUUUGAUUAAGCCAAGUAGACUUAGAUUUUACAAUCUAUAUGUCAAACCCUUCCCAGAAUGUGAAAAACUGUAUGGAAGAUAUUCAGGAAAUGUUGAAGUUAAAAGCAAGCAUCCAACCGGACUCUGGAAAAUCUUUAAACCGCGAAAGUACCCUGAAACCAACGAAGAUGUCAAAAACAUAAAGUCCUUUAUGGAUGGAGUAGUGUAGUGGAUGGCGCUAUUGAACUUGAUACUCUCUUCCCCUCAUGCAGUUAAUUGAUUGCUUUUGCUUGGGGAAGACUUGUUUGUUCCUCAAGCUGCUGCUGCUCGUACUGUUCAAAGUUGAUGGACUUGCCUUGCUUGAGAGCGUUGUUGAGCCAUUGGCUCCACUCCAUUUCGCUGAUGGGAAAACACUAUGCUUUGAACAUCUGCUCAUUCAAGGAAGUUAAACAAGAUGUUAUCUUCCAGCCUUGGUGAGGCAGUUGAGAUGCCUGCAAAAAGACAUCAUGAGAGGAAGCUGAAGAAUUGACAGAUAACACUCAGGUGGGUUUGAAAGAGCCCUUGCCCCCUUGUUGCUUCCUCUGCCUGCUCUGUGUUCGUGAGUUCUGCACACCGAUCAAAUUAUACCGUUUUUGUUUUUGUCUUGCCUCAUUUGCAGAAAAAACUUGUAAGAGGCUCAUAUUUCGGUGAAGUUCCUUUUUUCUUUGGUAUUCUGUCGGGGAACGUGUGAAGAUAUAAUAGAUGAGAACAGUAACCACAGGAGCCAGUUUCCAAUCUGAUCUUCUCAAAUUGUUCUUUUGGAUGCACGAUUGACAAGCUGACACAUUUUGUAUUGCUAUUUCGCAACUAAAAUUCUUUGAUUAGUUCCUCAUUAUCAAUAUAAAUAAUAAAAUACAUACAAGUUAAGCCAUGUAUGAUGUAAUUAUGUACCAUGUUUCCAGGCAAUGCCUGGAACGCGCAGGCGGAGUAAGAUUUUAUUUUGAUC